GCGUGGUCCUAAUCAUUCGAACAUGGCGGCUCCCGUGUCGGUGGUGGAUGAUGCAGAAGAUUACUCGUUUUUGCCGCUUAUUCACGAUAUCAUCAAAUGCAUGGACAAAGACAACCAGGAUGUCCAUCAGGAGUUAAACAAGCUGAAGACACGGAUCCAAGACACACGCGAGCAGAUCCUGGCCAUGCCCGGCAUCGACACGAGCUCUGAGGUGCAGCAGCACAAACUCCGCACCCUGAGAGAGCAGGUCCGCACCAAAAACCAGCUGUUACACAAAUACAAAGGCUUGUGCAUGUUCGACAUCCCAAAAGCAUCCUGAUGUCGAUUAAAGAGCAAAAAGAACUUCUGGACUGGCGUUAAACACAAGUGGAUCCUGCUCUGAACUGUUGGUCCAUAUGAUAGCAUACAUUUUCUCUUCAGUCAUUUUGGCAUGUUUGUCUUUUUCUCAUUAAAUUCAUGUACCCACA